AAAAGUAUUCCUGACGCUCAUGCCAAUGAAAUUAAGAAACUUCGUGGUGUUGCUGGUGAUAUUUUCGACCUUCCCUCAAAGUAUUUCACCAACACCAACUUCGAGAGAGCCACCACUCCCGAAAUCCAACAGUUACUUGGCGUUUCAUCUGCUACAAACCAGACGUACAAGACUUUUCCGCCAGUCUUGUUUCCGGGGUUGAAGGAAGACGGGUCGCUGAAGACGGUGUUCGGGAACUGGGAGCUACUAGCCCGAGUUCUCAAAGCUUCGUUGCAUGGUGUUACCUCACUCCACCACAGGUCAAGUGGCGGCGGCGGCGCACAUACCAAUGCUCUCAAAUGGAGCGUUCAUCAAAUCACGCCAGGAGCGAUAGCAUGGGCGGCAGUUAUCGCGAUAUUUCUACUCUCGCCAGACACCGAGUUCUCAAGCUCUGGCCUUGGGAAGAAGUCGAGUAUUAAUUACAAGACUCUCUUUUACAACUACAAGAAAGUUCUUGUUUUGAAAUGGACCACCAAGCACGUUGUCUCAAUUGUUGCCAACAUCAACCGUUAUAUCUUCGAGGCUGCAAGAGGACCUGCUGUUGACCUGGCCAAACAAGAUCAUACAGAUGCCAUCAAUUGUGCGCUUGUGGCGCUGGACAUGGACAGCGAUUCGGAUGAUGAAUCUGAUGCUUCAGCUCUAAUAUCUGCUGCACUUUCGGUUGCUGAUCCAGAACCUUCCAUUACUUCUGUCACCCAAAGUCUAAGCACCAUUGAUGCAAGGUCCAUCAUCAAUUCCCAACCCGAAGCACCUGAAUCUGAUAUUGUACGUGAUGCAUUGGUUGCUGAUGUUGAUGCACAAGUUGUUGAGGCAAACACACAGGAUGCUGGAGAUAGUGUCAGUGGACGAGGGCGGGCAAAAACUAGAGGGUCCAUGAAGAAGGCAGCAGCUCCACAAGCAGCUGCAGUUUCUCGCACAACUCGGUCUCGCAAAUAA